GGACACUGAUUCACAUGAUCAAGGAAAACUCAUGUUUAACAUGUGGGAGAGUGGGCAACCAGAUAACUAUCAGGGCAAAGAGGCUUGUGCUAAAAUAAACAGCUCUGGGGGAUGGAAUGACAUUGACUGUAAAGAACCUUUGAGAGCUUUCAUCUGCUAUGGAAAUGGAACUGACCAUUUUGUACUGAUCAACAAUACAACAACUUGGAGUGGCGCUCAAAAUUACUGCAGAGAGCAUCACACAGACCUGGCCAGUGUGAGGAACCAGAGAGAGAAUGAAAGAGUUCAGAACUUGGUUCCUUUGGGAGCCGAUGCAUGGAUUGGCCUGUUCAGAGAUGCCUGGAAGUGGUCCGAUGGAAAUAAAUCAACAUACUCCAACUGGCAAGUAGAUGAGCCAAAUCAUGGAGUCCACGAUGAGGAUUGUGUUGAAAUCUGGACUGGUGCUAAUAGCGGCUGGAACGACGAGAGCUGUUCCAAGAAAAAGCCAUUUUUCUGUUACACUGUGCCAGUGAGGAGGCAGAUUGUGAGAGUGAAACUCCAAGUUAACUCCACCCUGGACUUGAACAGUACUGCUGUUCAGGUUGAAAUCCUAUCUCAGAUCAAGAAGAAACUGCAGGAGAACGGGCUGUCAGAAGGCGCCAAACUGAGCUGGAACAAGCAGCUUGAUGGACAGAUUUUCCACAAGACAGAGAAGAGAGAGAAUCGUAAGAGGAAGAGGAGGAGCAAAGAUGAGUUUUGA